AAUGUGUAAGUUUAAGAACACUAACCAUAACGUCAACAGAUCAACUAUAUUUCAUUAAAAGAAAAUUCGGUUAUUAUUAAGAGAGUUCAUUACUUGUUCCUAAAAUUAAUGGGAAUUUGGUAUGGCUAUAGUUGAUUUGUUCUGCUUCCUCUUGUUUUGUCACCUUGUACUCAUUCUCUCCGCUGGUUAUGGAAAUGGGCACCAAGAUUGUCCACACUCCUUUACUUGUGGUAAUCUUGGAACUUUCCAUUACCCUUUCACCAAGGCAGAAAAACCUGACUGUGGCUUGCUAGCCAUACAUGAUUGUGAUAAUCCUCAUCAACACAGAAAAAUGAUCCAGCUCGAGCUAAAUGGAAAAGGCAUAGUGCUUAUAGGCGUGGCUCAGCAGAAUGCGAUUUCAAUUUUGGAUGAAGAUUUUCACAAGCGUUUACAACAAAACCCUUGUGGCACUUUGAAGAAUAAUUAUAGUCUUCCUUCCCCUUUUUCUUCUUUGUAUUCUAUUCACAUAAAAUUCAAUGUAACACUGUUCAAAUGCAAACAAAGCCUCAAAAUGAAACCGCCAACACAUUAUUUUAAUCACCCGUGCCCUGAAUAUGAUUAUGAUAUAUAUUAUGACAGCCUUCCCACUCCUAAUAGUAAGGAGGCGCAUAGCCUUUUCUCAUCCUGCUCAGUUAUUCAGAUAUCAACAAAAGACUUGACUGAUACCAAUGACAUUCUGUCGUUUGUAUCUGCUGAGAUGGUUCUUCAAGUAGUAUUAUCUAAUGAUUGUGACCAGUGCUAUAAUCACAGGGGAGGCCAAUGUCGGCUUGACGCCAAUCAAAAGUUCUACUGUAAAGAAGCUGCAGCACCAAAGAAUAAGAGUAAAAUUUUGAAGCUGGUACUUGUACUUGGACUUGUAACAGCUGUUACAAUUGCUCUGUUGCUAGUAAUGGUAAAGAUCUACCAUACAAGAUGGAAGCAGAAGCAAAAUCCGACCAAUCAACAGAUUAAGAUCUUUUUGGAAAGACAGGGACCCCUUCAAACUAAGCGGUAUGAUUAUUCUGAGAUAAAGAAAGUGACCAACUCCUUCAGAAACAAAUUAGGCCAAGGGGGAUUCGGAAGUGUAUACAAAGGAAAAUUACCAGAUGGACGUUAUCUUGCGGUGAAGAUCCUAAGUGAAUUGAAAGAUAAUGGUGAGGACUUCAUCAAUGAAGUGGCAACUAUCAGCAGAACUUCUCAUAUCAACAUUGUUAAUCUUUUGGGGUUCUGUUGUGAAGGUUCUAAACGAGCUUUAGUUUAUGAGUUUAUGUCUAAUGGAUCACUUGAGAAGUUUAUCUUUGAAGAAAAUGUCGGAAAGACGGAUCGUCAAUUGGACUGUCAAACGAUCUACCAUAUUGCAGUUGGUGUUGCCCGAGGACUGGAAUACCUGCAUCAAGGUUGCAAUACUAGAAUUUUACAUUUUGACAUAAAACCUCAUAAUAUUCUGUUGGAUGAGAAUUUCAACCCCAAGAUUUCUGAUUUUGGACUAGCCAAAAUUUGCACAAGAAAAGAAAGUAUGAUAUCAAUAUUUGGCGCCAGAGGAACAGCAGGCUAUAUUGCCCCAGAAGUUUUUUCCAGAAAUUUCGGUGCAGUAUCACAUAAGUCAGAUGUGUACAGCUAUGGGAUGAUGAUCUUAGAAAUGGCUGGAAGAAGAAAGAAUAUUAAGACUGAAGUAAAUCGCUCGAGUGAAAUAUACUUUCCCGAUUGGAUUUACAAUUGUCUUGAAUCAAAUGAAGAGCUUGGUUUACAGAACAUAAGAAAUGAAAGUGAUGACAAAUUGGUGAGAAAGAUGACAAUAGUGGGCUUAUGGUGCAUACAAACCCACCCUUCCACUCGACCAGCCAUAAGUAAAGUGCUGGAAAUGCUAGGAAGCAAAGUUGAGUUAUUGCAAAUUCCACCUAAACCCUUUUUGUCUUCUCCUCCGACCUCUCCUGUCCAUUUAUCUUAUGAGACUUUGUAACUUGUAACUUGUGAGCUAGAAUACUAUAAGAUGAACUAAAAUGUUACAGUAUUUCAAAUUUAUAACUAUAAUAAUCUGGUUCCAUGUGUUUUACUUCCUAAA